AUGUUGGCUGUCCAGAAUAUGAAAGUUGGCGUCUUCCUUUUGUGGUGGGGAUGGGUUUGGGCCACUGAAAGCAGAGUGCACUGGCGAGGAAGAGAAGUACAAGAGAUGUCUAAGAAAGGCAGAAAGCCCUCCGCCACACGGGCUGGUGCACACGACGACCAGAAAGGAAAGGGGAGCCCAAUUCUGAAGCGAAGCCCUGAUAUCACCAAAUCGCCACUGACCAAGUCAGAGCAGCUUCUGAGGAUAGACGACCAUGAUUUCAGCAUGAGGCCCGGCUUCGGAGGUCCGGCCAUUCCUGUCGGUGUGGAUGUGCAGGUGGAGAGCUUGGACAGUAUCUCAGAGGUCGACAUGGACUUCACGAUGACCCUCUACCUGAGGCACUACUGGAAGGACGAGAGGCUGUCCUUCCCGAGCACCAACAACCUCAGCAUGACGUUUGACGGCCGGCUAGUGAAGAAGAUCUGGGUCCCCGACAUGUUUUUCGUGCACUCCAAGCGCUCCUUCAUCCACGACACCACCACGGACAACGUCAUGCUGCGGGUCCAGCCGGACGGGAAAGUUCUCUACAGCCUCCGGGUUACAGUGACUGCAAUGUGCAACAUGGACUUCAGCCGAUUUCCCCUGGACACACAAACGUGCUCCCUUGAAAUUGAAAGCUAUGCCUACACGGAGGACGACCUCAUGCUGUACUGGAAAAAAGGCAACGACUCCUUAAAGACAGAUGAGCGGAUCUCGCUCUCCCAGUUCCUCAUUCAAGAAUUCCACACCACCACUAAACUGGCUUUCUACAGCAGCACAGGCUGGUACAACCGUCUGUACAUUAACUUCACGUUGCGACGCCACAUCUUCUUCUUCUUGCUCCAAACUUACUUUCCUGCCACCCUGAUGGUCAUGCUGUCCUGGGUGUCCUUCUGGAUCGACCGCAGAGCUGUGCCCGCCAGAGUCCCUUUAGGUAUCACCACCGUGCUGACCAUGUCCACCAUCAUCACGGGCGUGAACGCCUCCAUGCCCCGCGUCUCCUACAUCAAGGCGGUGGACAUCUACCUCUGGGUCAGCUUCGUGUUCGUGUUCCUGUCGGUGCUGGAGUACGCAGCCGUCAACUACCUGACCACUGUGCAGGAGCGCAAGGAGCGGAAGCUGCGCGAGAAGCUUCCUUGCACCUGUGGAAUACCCCAGCCACGCGGGGUCAUGCUGGACGGCAGCUACAGUGACGGGGAGGUUAAUGACCUGGGCAACUACAUACCGGAGAAUGGAGAGAAGCCAGACAAGAUGAUGGUGCAGCUGACCUUGGCCUCGGAGAGGAGCUCCCCUCAGAGGAAAAGCCAGAGGAGCAGCUAUGUGAGCAUGAGGAUCGACACCCAUGCCAUUGAUAAAUACUCCAGGAUAAUUUUUCCAGCGGCAUAUAUUUUAUUCAAUUUAAUAUACUGGUCUAUUUUCUCAUAA